AUGUUUCCGCAUCGCGGCAGUGCAGCACCAACCGUCCCGCCAUUCCUCUCCGCCCCCCCGCCCCACUCCCAAGCCCCCACCAUGUCCCUCGAGCCUCUCACUCUCGCGUCCCUCCUCUCCCUCCCCGUCGAAGCGGUUUCCGCGAAGCUUCGCUCCACGCCGCCCGCGCAUUUGGAGCAGCUGCGCGUCUCGCUAUGGGACAUCCUCGGCACGCCCGACCGCAAGCCGGAGUUCCUCUCCCUCCAGCGCCUGCUUAUAACGCGUACGGGCGCCGGCGCGGGCCUUACCACAGAGUCCCUCUCCCACGCGCGCUACACGCAUCUUAAGAUCCUCGUCGCGGUUCGGACCGGCAUCCAGGCGUUUCUACACCCCGAUAUCGCCAUCCCGCCGACGUCUUUAAUCGAAAUCUUCCUCCGCCGCCGCUGCCAGAACAUGGCCUGCCAGAGCCCGCUUCCCGCGGGCGGCUGCCGCUGUCGUUUCUGCACGACGGGCAACGGCGAACCGGGGGGAUCCGGCCGGGCGGGAACAGACGGGGGAGCGACAAAUACCGCCGGGAUUUCCGGUACCACCAGCGCCAACACCACCGGUGCUGUUACCAGGGGUAACUCAGGGGCAGGCACUAGCGCUGGUAUUGCUUCUAGCACGGAAAUUGGCGGGGGAUUUUGCAAUUUGUGCAUGUGUGUCGCAUGCGGGAAAUUCGAUUUCGACACCAACACGUGUCGGUGGAUCGGAUGCGAUUUUUGUCUGCAUUGGUGCCACACGGAUUGCGCGCUCCACAUGGGGUUCGUGCGCCAUGGCGCAGUGGGGGCGGGGGGAAGCGCGGGGGGCGCGGGGGGAAGAGGCGGAGGGCAGGCGGGCGGGGGGGCUGCGGAGGGCUCCGCGGACGGGGCGACGGCGGCGACGAGUGCGCAAUUCGCGUGCCCCGCGUGCGCGCGGUCGUCGGAGCUGUUUGGGUUCGUGCGCGACGUGUUCCGCCUGUGCUCCGCGCAGUGGGACGCGGAGGCCGCGCGGAGGGAGCUGGAGUGCGUGGGGGGGAUCUUCGGCGCGAGCACGGACGCGCUCGGGCGCGAGCUUGCGCGGAGGGCGGCGCUGGCGCUGAGGGAGCUGCGGGAGGGGCGCAGGGCGUGCGCGGACAUUUGUCGCGACAUGCAGCUUUUCUUCGCCAGCAGCGCCUCGUUCGUCCCUACUCCUCCCAAUCCUGCCACCCCCGCCGCUUCAGCAGCUUCUGCUCCUCACCCUCCCCCAACAAUGGCGGCGCCCUCCCCUGCUCCUCCCGUCGCCGCAUCUGCUCCCGUUGCUGCCCCUCCUGCUCCUGCUCCUCCUCCUCCUGCUGCUGCUUCUACUGCCGCUUCUCCCAUCCCUUCCAUGGGCCCGGUUGCCUCCGCCACAGGCUCGGCCAGACCUGCUCCCGGGCUUCCCGGUCCAGGUUCGGGCCAUACCAGACCCAGCUCCGGUCCCACCGCGCCCACGUCAGCGCUUUCCAAACCUCCGUCUCUGCCUCGGUACCAAUCCAGCCUGGAAGCAGCGCGAGAGGCUUUGGCGGAAUGCCAUAGGGACGUUCUAGGGAAGCGGAAAGAGGCAGCGGCGGUGGAGGAGGAGCGAGCGCGGAAGAAAUGGCAGGUGCAGGAGCUAGAAGCGGUUGCUGCGUCGCGAUUGGCCGACGCGGAACGUAUGGAGAGAGAAGCGGCGGAGGCGAGGAAAGAGGUCGAGAACAAACAGCAGCAGCAGGCUCAGCAGCAACAGCAGCAGCAGCAGCAGCGACAGCACCAGCAGCAACAGCAACAGCAGCAGCAGCAGCAGCAGCUGCACCAGAUGCAGCAACAGCAGCAGCAGCAGCAGCAGCAUCAGAUGCAGCAGCAGCAGCAGCAGCAGCAGCAGCAGCAGCAGCAGCAGCAGCAGCAGCAGCAGCAGCAGCAGCAGCAGCAGCAGCAGCAGCAGCAGCAGCAGCAGCAGCAGCAGCAGCAGCAGCAGCAGCAGCAGCAGCAGCAGCAGCAACAACAACAGCAACUCCAUAAUCAGUUUCAACAGCAACAGCUACAACAGCAGCACCGGAAUCAUUUUCAGCAGCACCAUCAGCAGCAGCUGCAGCAGCAGCAGCAGCCCAAUCAGCAAAACCAGCAGCACCAGAACCAAUAUCCGCUGCAGCACCAGCAGCAACAGCGGCAGCAGCAGCAGCUGCAGCAGCAACAGGCGUGGCAAAUGCAACACGCGAUGCAGCAGCAGCAAUCGAGGAUGGGUGGUGGGCCUAGUAACGAGCCUCUUCCCAACAGCAACCAAGCGCUCACACGAGGGGCAGCACCCUACGGAGCAUCACAGAUCCCACCAGCACAGGCAACACAAGGAGCACAAGCAGUGCAAGCAGCACCGGCGUUGCAAGGAACACGAGCAGCACCCGCGUUACAGGUAGGGCAGGUAAGGCAGCGAGCGGAUGAGCAAGGAACAGCAGAGAGGGCAGCAACAGCUCAGCAACUUGCAGCUCAGCAGGUGGCUGAAGAGGUUGAAACUGAGCCUAUCUCCCCUGGGAGGCGUGGUGAAAGGGGUGUUUCAAGAGAUGGGUUCGAUGCGGUUGAGAGGGAUAAGGAGAGGCAGAAGGAAAAGGUCAAGGAUAUGGGUGAGCGGAAGGAGAAGCAUGGGCAGAAGGAUGGGAUGAAAGGUCAUGAGGAGGGUCAAAAGUCUGCUGCUGCUGCGCAAGAGGGGCGACAGGGGCAAAAGGGUGAAAAGGAGCGACAGGGGCAAAAGGGGGAAAAGGAGCGACAAGGGCAAGAGGGGCGGGAGGGGGAAAAAGGGGGACAGGGACGAGAGGAGCAAACAGGGCAAAAGGGACGAGAAGGGGGUCUGACAGAUACUGAGGUGUGGGGACUGGAGAAGGCAGAUGAAGAGAAGGCAUCUGGGGAAGGUACAGCUGGGGAAGGUACAACUGGGAAAGGAGGUGUCACUGAGAAGGAAGGUGCCUCUUCCGACAGCGAUGUGGAAGAGGUGAAAGAGGAGAGCGGUGCAGAGCGGUUGAGUGAGAGAAAACGGGUUGAGGCAGCUGUUGAAGGAACAGCUGCUAGGGAGAAGGGGGAGAAGGGAAAAGUGGAGAGGGGGGAGAGGGAGAGGGGAGGAGCUGGAGGGGAGGGAAAGGGGGAUGAGGAGAAGGAUGGGAAGAGAGAAGGGGAAGGGAAUGGGGGUUUAGCGGUCAAGAGAAAAUCGAGCGCGGAUGCUGCUACUGGUACUGCUGAUACUGAUGGUGGUUUGGAUAAGGUAAGGCCAGGAGGAGUGGGGGAGAAGGAAGGUAGGGAGGUGAAGGAAGGGGAAAAGGGAAAGGGAUGGGUGGGGAAGGAGGGAAAGGGAAGAGGAGAGUGA